UGCAUCACAGCUGAUCUGGAGGUUUUUUUCCCCCUCAAGUUGUUUUUUGCAGAGAGCAGCUUUGCAGAGAAUCACAGAAGAACCUCGCUCUUGUUUGUUUUCUCUCUUGUUGUUUUAACCCUGCGUUUCUUUAAAUUGUACACCUUUUUCUCAAACUCAACAGUGGAUUUAAACCUGAGCGCAGCUUCAUUAUGCCACUUGCUUUCCGAAUAAACAGCUUUUGUGGCUAUUUUUUUCUAGAAUACCCUGGUCUUUCUGUCACCCACGGUGAUUUAAGCCCUGGACUGACCCAGUUUUAGUGUUUCAGCCUCCAUGUGUUAACGCGAGAUGUUUUCAUCAGGAGAAGAGCUUAAUUCCCAUUUGUUUACCUCACUGAAGGAGUCCCCUGGAGCUGCAAUCUCCCCAACACUGGAGCUCAGUCUAACUACCAUUUAUACUGUCCUCUACUCCCUCCUGUUUGUUUUCGUCUACCUGCAGCUGUGGCUCAUUUUGCACUACGGACACAAGCGCUUCAGCUUCCAGAGCGUGUUUUUGUUUCUGUGUUUGCUGUGGGCAGCGCUGAGGACCACCCUCUUCUCUUUCUACUUUAAAAAUGUGGUGCAGGCCAACCAGCUGCAGCCUCUGGCCUACUGGCUGCUCUACUGCUGCCCCGUCUGCCUGCAGUUCUUCACCCUCUGCCUGCUCAAUCUCUACUUCACACAGGUGAUGUUUAAGGCUAAAGCCAAGUAUUCCCCAGAGCUUACCAAAUACAAGAUUCCUCUACGUUUGUUCUUCCUGUGUCUCGGUGUGUGUUUCCUCGUGGUGAACCUAACAUGUGCACUGUUGGUGCAAGAAGCGCUGGAGCACUCCGAAUCACCAAGUGAUGGGGGUAUCAGACAUGCGGUCUUGGCCCGCGUCCUGAUCAACGACAGUCUGUUUGUCUUGUGCGCCGUGUCUCUGGCCGUCUGCGUCUUCAAGAUUGCCAAGAUGUCAUCUGCCAAUGUUUAUCUUGAAUCUAAGGGAACGUCAGUGUGCCAGGCCACAGCCAUAGGAGCCGUGGUGAUUGUCCUCUACACGUCCAGAGCCUGCUACAACCUGGUGGUGGUGUCUCUGUCCCCGCAGGACAGACCCAGUCCCUUUAACUGUGGCUGGUACAGUGUUUCUGAUCAGGCUGAUGUGCAGGAGAUCAGUGGUGAAGCCUACAUCGUGUUUGGGAUCAUUUUGUUCUUCUGGGAGCUGCUACCAACCAGCUUAGUGGUGGUUUUCUUCAGAGUCCAGCGGCCCAACCAAAACCUGGCUCCAGGAGGGAUGAUCAACAGCCACAGUUUCAGCUCCAGAGCUUACUUCUUUGACAACCCUCGGCGCUAUGAUAGUGACGAUGAUCUGUCCAGAAGCAUCAACAGUAGGGCUGAUCGGGCCAGCCUCCUCUCCACCACUCCCCAGCUGGGUGCAUCUACUUGGUACGGCUCCAUCCAGUGUAACGGGACCCUAACAGCCGGCACUGCGUCCGCUCAGGAACCGCCCUCUUCCACCGCCCCUGUCCUCUUCGCCUAUGGCAACAUCCAGCGUCACCAUCACCAUCACAACUACUACUCCACCCCACAGAACAAUAACUACCACCACCAUCACCAUCAUCACAGUAACUACUAUUCCACAUCCCAAAAUUAUUACUGCGGAUCACAAACGUAUUUCUGCACCCCACAGAAUUAGUCGUCCAAAAGACUAUAGCAUGAUCACCUGCAUUUGCAUUCUUUGUUUUGCUUCCCCGUCAACAUAAAAGCAGGUGUGCUAUAAAGUGCUAAUCUGGAAAAAUCCCUGAGUUGGGCAUACGUAUACUGUACUGGAAAUAAGUUUGCCAAUUUAUUUUUGGAGAAAAGUGGUGGAAUCAGCAGCGACUGGGAAGUUGUUGUUCCAUGACUAAGUGCUGUGUGAAGACUUCACUGUCUGCUGAAAGCGGUAAAGUACUGCCCAUGGAUAAAAGAAUUAGCAUGAAUAUAAAAAAGACCAAACUCUCAAUCAUCAGGUACAAGAUCAUCAUAGCAACUGUAGGUGUUCAUAAGUGGCUUAUGUUUCUGUUGUCAAUCGGUACACAUAUAGAUAUUAGUGGUUCUGGGCUGCUUUCACUGGUAGGCCUAUGCUGGGGCUGGUGUUUUUGUCCAAGGGUCAUCUACAAAUGAAGAUGAAGGAGACCAAGGGUAGUAGACAUAUCAAUGGGGACUAGAAUACAAUGCUGAGUAACAUUAAUUAGAUUUGUUUCCUCCUUGUAGAACCACCACUGCACAGGAAGUUGUCAUUUUUUAAAUUAGCCUAUACAAAUCAUUUUGGUGGCAGUAAAGGAUGUAGGGCCCUACCUUGAUCCUGAUAUUAAAAGAUGCUUUUGUGGUUUAAUUUCACUUUAAAGUCUGAAAACAUUAAGACAAGAAUUAGCUUUUGCUAAUUUGCCACUGGCUGUCUGUAAAAAACAACAAAACCAUCAAAUACAGACCCUUCCAUCACAGACUUUCUGAUAUUAUAUUGUUAUUAGCCAAUUAUUGUUUCCAAAACUGUGAUUGAUGUUCGUGCCACACAUAGUACGAAAGUCGUACGAAUGCCGUUUGCAAGCUUCAAACUUUAGUCUGCUUGCCCUGUCUUUCUUUACUCAUGGACUCUUGUACAGGUUGACAUGUACAAUAAGCUUUUGUGCAGUUUUCAGGACUGAUAGCAAUCAAAAUACUGGUCAGUUUAAUAUAGUGUUACGUUAUCAAAUUUCAUUCUUGCUGCCGUAAAACAUGUAAUGUAGCUGUCAUAUGAUGCACAAACCUGGUCCAACAUCCCACUGCUGUUGGGUUUAAAUAUAUAAGAUGCCAAUUUCUUACACAUACUGUAAUUAUACUAUAUAAACAAAGUAAAAUAUGUGAAAGCAUAAGACUGGAGUGCCCAAAUUCUGUCACACUUCAACUACAUUCACUAUCAAAUCACAAAGAUUUUUACACAGUUGCAUUAUUAUUAUGGCGUAUUGUGGAUAAAAGUCGAUGUGCGUUAUGUGAGUGAAUCCGCCACAGAGCUGUUUGUUAACAAGGUCUUUAAAGCGAUAUAUUUUACCAAAAAAUCGGAUCUUUUUGUGAGCUGCGAGACAACAAUUUGCACUUGGAAGUUUGCCUUCAGAGAAAAAAAGCGAUGGGGCUUGAAUGUACGAUUUCAUCUACUCUAUGUUACUAAUCAUCCUUUGAUAAAGGACGUAUCAAUGUGCCAUCACACUUUGUCAUAUCCAAGAGUUUCAUUCCUGAAGGAAAAAUAUUUUUGCACAAGAAAUGGUGGGAUGGUGUAUAUUUUUAAUUGUUUGUGUGUCCAAGUGACAUUUGGAGCUGGUGUGUGUGUGUGUGACCUUAGGCUUUUGUUUACCGUAGUUUUAUUAGUGAUUUCGUUUUUUUUCUUUUAUUUCACAUUGAUUUUUACUUUACACAGAUUUUAAAGUUUAUUUUUUACACUUUACCCUCUCUCCUAUCAUGAUUCUAGUCACAGUCUGUCAGCAAUAUUUACUUUAGUGGAACAUCUUGCUUUUUGCUGACCAAUAUCAGCACAUGUGUAUUUGUUACGUUUGUCUGACCAUGUGACUUUCAACUCUGCGGAAACUCGGUCUGUUAGUGAUGUAAACUUCAGCUUUAAAGUUUCAGUGUGUGAGAUUUAGUGUCAUCUUGGCUUAAUACCCCCUACUUCAGAAAAAUAGUGGUGCAAUAUGGUGGACUUUUGGGACAACUGCUAUAUGUAUAUAUCUGAAGUAAUUAAAAUCAUAUUAUAUUCCAUUUCUGCCAGUUUAUCUCUCUAAAUCCCACACACUGCUCCAUUAGUGAGAGAAAACAUCAGACUCUGAAGCCUGGUUGUGUUUCCUGUCAUUUAUAGAAAAAGCAACGGUGGCCAUGCUUUGAAAUAAAGCAUGUCUUGUUUCCUAGGACACUUUUAAAUAUGGGUCCAGAUGUUUAAACUAUUUCUGAAAAAUGUCUUGUUUCUGUGCCACAGAGUACAAAAAGUCAGUGUCAUAUUUUCUUUACAAAGUGAUAUUUGUGUAAACGUGUUAUUUGCUCUACCUUUUAAUUAAUUUCAUUGUUUUUUUUUUUAAUGACUGUUUGUCUGUGGCCAUACUGAAUGUACAUUUUGUGACAGAUCACUAACAAUGUAUGCAAGAAAAGCACUACCAUGUUUAAAUAAAGGCCCACUGCACUGUUUUUUAAAAAAGCGAGCCAGGAUAUUCAUAAACCAUCUAUAAAAGUUGUAGUAUAAAUAUUAAGCUAAAUACAGUUUAUUGCUUCACCAGUUUUGGUCUGGUGUCAUGAGCACCUCUGGAAAAAAAUCACCAAAUCAUCCCUGUGCACAGAAAUGAACGUCCUGAUUGGGUUUUGCUGCUCUGGGUCUUUUUUUCACUUUUCCCACAAACACACACACACACACACAGCUGGUCAUGUGGUUGAAUUUACCACUUAAAAAGUUUAUGAGGACCAUAGGAAUAAAGUUAAGACAGCAGCUGGCCAGCUUAGUUUAAACAUGGCUGAUUGAUGUUUUCCUUGAUACAAGCAUAUUUUUGUACACAUUUUAUGUUUUUAGGCACUUCUGCAAAUAAGGAAUAUGGUGUUCAGGUAAUAUGGAAGCCAAAGAGCAUUACUAUUUUUAUUUAUUUUUUUAUUUUUCUUAAUCACUUAUCUUGCCAAAACUACAGCUAAAAUCAAAGUUACAUUUGUGGGUGUGUUAUUUUUUUGUGUGAACCAGAUCUUCUUUAAUAAAAUCAAGUUGUGGCUCCCAA